AUGGCCCAAUCCUCGCAGUGCUAUCUUCCUCGCUUCGCAACUGCCGUUGAUGGUCCUAGGCGCCCGAUUUCCAUGAAAACAAGACCGACUUCUUCGCAAAAUGCGCAGUUAUUAACCGCAUGGCAUGAAGGACGCCUCAACUCGGUAUUGCAGGCCACUUGGGCCUUGGUCCUGCAUUACUAUCUUCGUACCGAAGAUAUCUGUUUCGGUUACCAACACAUUGACGGCGACGCCAUUUGUUCACGAAACCCUGUACAGCGAUCCAGCCUCGCGAAUCUCUCGCCUAUCCGAGUCGCAAUUGACGAAGACGACUCCAUUCAGCAAAUUGUAGAUAAAGUGCGGAAAAAUUUGAAAAAUGGUGAAAGCGCAGAGGUCGCUUCCGACGGCUAUUUGCCGUUCAACACCAUCCUGAUGCUUCGCACAUACAAGAAGUCAGACUCGGCUUCCUCCAAACCCAUGUUGGCAACCGCGCUGCCCGACCAGUGUCAAGUUCGUCUUCAUGUGAAGGUAUUGCGCCGGGACAUUAACAUCUUCCUUGAGUGGCGCAACGGAGAUAUGUCUGGCGAGCAGAUGAAGAGUGUCGCACACAUCUUCCAGCAAGUCCUGACCAAAGUUCUUUCUACUGAAAACGCCGCUAUUAGCAAGCUUAAUCUGUUUUCAGAGAAUGAUUGGCAACGUAUCCAAAAGUGGAAUUCUCACAGUCCGAAGCUGUAUGACCGCUGCAUCCAUGAGGCGAUUCAUGACCAGGCUGUCAGUGACCCGAAAAGAGAGGCUGUUUGCGCUUGGGACGGAACAUUCACUUUCGGCGAGCUUGACAACUUGGCGUCGAAGCUCGCAUGCCACCUUCGUAUGCAGGGUGUUGGCCCUGAAGUUCGCGUGGCUUUGCUAUUCGACAAAUCGAAAUGGAACAUUGUUGCCAUGCUCGGUGUUAUGAAAGCCGGUGGAGCUUUCGUCCCAUUGGACCCGACACACCCUACCUCCCGCCUUCAGCGUCUGAUUGAAUCCGUUAAAGCAUCGGUUGGGUUGUGCUCGCAGAAUCGUGCAGAGGACCUGCAGUCGGUUGUCGAGACUCUAAUUCCCCUGGGCGCCGAGACCAUAGAUCGUUUAGCAGAACCGGCCGAUGGAGUGGACCUUGCAUCUGGUGUCACCAGCCAGAAUGCCGCGUAUGUUCUCUUCACUUCCGGAUCUACGGGUGAACCAAAGGGAACUCUUUUGGAGCAUCGUGCGUUCCUUUCCAGUGCCAAGGCUCAUGCCGCUGGCCUUCUUAUCUUUCGUGACUCGCGGUGCCUUCAAUUCGCAGCUCACACCUUCGAUGCCAGUCUCGCAGAAUCAUUGACACCGCUAAUCGCUGGUGCGUGUGUCUGUAUUCCUAGCGGAGAAGCGCGGUUAAAUGAUAUUGUGGGCGCGAUCAACGAAAUGCGGGUCACCCAGGCGUGCUUUACCCCGUCUUUCAUUGGCUUCAUCGACAUUGAAAGCGUGCCUGGAUUAAAGGGUCUGGUGCUGGCCGGAGAGGCAAUGUCGCAGUCUCAGCUGGCAACGUGGUCCAAAAUUAAAUUGGUCAAUGGCUACGGGCCUACCGAGGCCAGUGUUGCAUCAGUGCUGCACACCGGGGUAACACCCGACACCGACUGCAAGGACAUUGGCCUCCCAGUCGGCGUCAAAGUAUGGUUGGUGGAUCCUGAAAAUCAUGACGAGCUGGUCCCCGUCGGCUGCCCAGGUGAACUUCUGCUCGAAGGGCCAACUUUGGCUCGGUGCUAUGUCAACAACCCGGAGAAAACGAAAGAGUCCUUUAUUUACGACCCUGCUUGGACCAAGAUGGAUAAGUCAGGUGGCUCGGGCCGCAGAUUUUACAAGACAGGAGAUUUGGUGAGGUAUAACUCGGACACUGGCUCCCUCAACUACAUCGGUCGGAAAGAUACCCAAGUCAAGGUUCACGGCCAGAGGAUUGAACUAGGCGAGAUAGAGACCCAGCUGAGUCGUGACUCCAAGGUUACCCACUGUUCUGUUCUUUUCCCGAAGUCCGGUUUCUCAAAGGGGAGAUUGACUGCUGUCAUUUCCAUUGCAGGGCUGUUAGCUGAACAGUCCAAGGACGAUUUGGAAACUUUGGGCCUGAUUUCCGGUCAAAUGAAAUCUGAGCUGAUUACCGGAAUCCGAGAAAGACUCUCAGCGCGCCUUCCGACUUACAUGGUACCUGCUGUUUGGUUGUGUGUAGAAGCACUGCCGCUCCUGCCCUCUGGGAAACUCGACCGGAAAGGAAUUGCGGGUUGGGUGACGAGCAUGGAAACUGACCCUGAUGUUGGAAAAAUCAUUUCCAGUCCAUCAAUGGGCGCAGAGACCCCGCAGCCUGUAAAUGCAACAGAGGAGGGCUUGGCCGCCGUGUACAGCCGCGUUCUGAAUAUUCCCCAGAACCUCGUCAGCUUGAACGAGAGCUUCCUCGGGUUGGGAGGUGACUCUAUUGCCGCUAUGACAUGUAUUGGAUUGUGCAAGAAGCGUGGCAUUGGUCUAUCUGUCCAGGAUGUUCUCCGCAGUAAGUCUAUUCGUGAUCUCGCCACUCGCGCGAAGGCGAUCGAUCACGGAACCACUUACCAGGAGGCCAUCGAUGAGCCUUUCAAUCUGUCACCAAUUCAGGUUCUCCACUUUGGUCUCCGCAAGGAAGGCGAAGGUCAUUUCAACCAGGGAAUUCUUACACGGUUGAGCAGACCUAUCGAUGAGACGACGCUGCGGAAAGCCAUCGAGACACUGGUCACACGGCACUCUAUGCUGCGGGCCAGAUAUGAUGAAAGCGGCUCUUCUACAGCAACGGCUCAACGCAUCACCCGUGAUGUCAAGGAUUCCUAUAAAUGGCGUGUUCACACUGUGGCCAACAUGGAUGCUAUCAAGCCAUUCAUUGGCCAGAGCCAGACUGGCAUUAACUGCUUUUCUGGACCCCUUCUAGCAGUGGACUAUUUUCGUAUGCAAGACCAGAGUCAGCCGCAUGUCCUAUCAAUGACUGCGCAUCAUCUUGUUGUUGACAUUGUUUCGUGGAAGAUCAUUCUUGGGGACUUGGAAGAUCUUGUGUUGAACCCGGAGAAGUCCGCGUCAGCCGAUGGCUCGCUGCCAUUCCAGACAUGGUGUCAUCUUCAGGAAGAGCACUCCAAAAGCCUGGUCACAGAAGGAAAGGUUCCGACCGACCCACUGCCGAGCAUAGAUUUCGGAUACUGGGGCUUGAAACAUAACAAGACAACAUACGGCGAUGUCGACUGUGCGACUUUUGAUGUUGACGAGGUGCACACCAAUUCCAUUCUCCUCGAGUGCCAUAAGGCGUUGGACACCGAGCCUAUUGACCUGUUCCUUGCAUCAAUGCUGCACUCAUUUGGCCAGUCAUUCCAAGAUCGCUCCUUGCCAGUGAUUUACAACGAAGGGCACGGUCGCGAGGUCUGGGAUCCUUCAAUUGAUAUCUCGCACACGGUAGGGUGGUUCACCAUUCUUCAGCCCAUCUUUGUGGAUGGGUACAAGUCAGACGAUGCCAUCGAAACUCUUAUAAAGGUCAAAGAUUUACGCCGUCAAGUCUCUGACAAUGGGAGGGCCAACUUCGCAAGCCGUGUCAUGAAAGCUGCAGGACCCCACAGCGAUGAUUACCCGCACCCGUUCGAGAUUUCUUUCAACUAUGUUGGUCAACACCGUGACUUGCAGCGCGAAGAUGGUCUCUUUCAGCUGGUUGACCAAAUGGCUGGUGAAGCAGGUCAGGGUAAUGAUGCUGCCGACUUCGGACGUGAUACUCCUCGCUUCGGUUUGUUCGAGAUUUCUGCCAUGGUCGUUUCUGGCAAGAUUCGCUUUACAUUCUCUUUCAACAAGUUUAUGCAGCAUCAAGAUCGUAUCCAUUCUUGGGUCUCGCAAUGUCAGAAGCAGCUUAUUACGCUUUGUGAGCAACUCUCGACAAUGUCUUCUCGAUUGACUUUGAGCUCUUUCCCCAUGCUCUCCUUGAAUUACGGCAGCCUUGAGAAGAUGCUCACACAAAGAUUACCUGCCCUUGGUAUUGAGUCGCCUGAUAUGAUUGAAGACAUUUACCCCUGCUCUCGUAUACAGCAAGGCAUUUUGCUUGGUCGUACUCGAGAUAGCUCGUACUAUGCUGUUCACGACACAUUUGAGAUCCAGGCUACAGGAUCCACCGCACCAAAUGUUGAUCGCCUCAUUGAAGCGUGGAAGCAGGUUGUAUCUCACCAUGCAAUGUUUCGCACCAUCUUUGUCGAGAAUCUCACUCCUUGUGAUCCUUUUUGUCAGGUUGUUCUGAAGGAGUAUGAUUCCACACCUGUUUUACUGCAGUCCGCCGAGGACAGCGAUGUCUUGGCCGCUUUCGAUUCCCAGGACCCCAAGGAUUACAAUGAGCUCACUCCGGCGUACCGCUUCAGCAUCUGCCAGACAUCCACAAGCCGAAUUUUCUGUCGUAUUGAACUGAGCCAUGCGGCCAUGGAUGGUAACUCCAUCUCUAUCAUCCUCCGCGAUUUGCAGCUCGCCUAUAACUACAUUGGUUUCCUACAGAAUGCGCCGCAGAAGGCUAGCAUUGAAUACUGGCGAUCCUACCUUUCAGAUGCAAAGCCAUGUGUUUUCCCAAUUCUUACUGAUGGCCAGACACCUCAGGACAAGAAACUUCGCUCGAUGCCUGUGAACUUCGGUUCCUUGGCUCAGCUGCAAAGUGUGUGUGAAAAGAAGGGGAUUACCCUAUCCAAUGUCUUCAAUGCGGCAUGGGGCCUUACUUUGCGCCUGUUCUGUGGCUCUGAUGAUGUCAGCUUCAGCUACAUGGCUUCUUUGCGGGACGUCGCUGCCGAUGGUGUGCAGUCCGUCGUUGGUCCCGUCAUUAAUCUUAUGGUUUGCCGGAUGAAGAUGUCGUGUGACUCGGUGCUCGGCGAUGUCCUGCAGCAGAUUCAGGAUGAUUACAUGGAGAGCCUUCCGUUCCGACACACUUCCCUGAUUGACAUUCAACAUGCCCUCAAGCUGUCCGAUGCGAACCUGUUCAACUCAGGUGUAUCGUACCGCCGUCUCCCUGGCGCGAAGGAUGCCGUGAGCAGUGAUAUUGACUGUGUCGAGGUCGGAUCGAUUCAUGAUCCUGCUGAGUUUCCCGUCUUCAUAAAUAUUGAAGCGAUGGAUACCAAGGCCAGAAUCGAUAUCAACUACUGGACCACCAGCCUUUCGGACGCACAGGCUCUCAAUGUGGCCAACACCUAUAUGCAAUGCCUCGAGAUUAUUAUAACCCAGACCGACAGCCCGCUUCGCUCCCUUGAUGUUGUGAGCGAGAACAACAAGGCUGAUAUCCUCUCCUGGAACAGCAAGAUCCCCCAGGUCAUUGAGAAGUGUGCUCACCAUGUUAUUCAGGACAUGGCUUCCAAGAAGCCAGAGGCGCUAGCAGUCACAUCCUGGGAUGGAAAUCUCACUUACUCCAAGUUGGACCAAUAUUCGUCUCGCCUGGCCAGCUACCUAGUCACUUUUGGUGUUGGCCCGGGAAGUUUGAUCCCAACCUCAUUUGACAAGUCUGUUUGGAACAUCGUUUCUGUGCUUGCCAUCAUGAAGGCCGGAGGUGGAUGUAUUCCUGUUGACUCAGCGAAGACCAUGGGUCUCAUUGAGACAUGGGUAGUAGGGAAUGCUGUGCAAGUUGCACUCGCAUCCCCUGAGAAGGCCCAGGUCCUAGAGGAAACAAUUCCCUACGUCAUCCCUGUGACAGAGUCUCUGCUGGAAUAUCUCAAUGAUGAGCCCCUAUUGUCUGCUGCAUGCCCAAGUGACGCUGCCUUUGUUGCUUUCUCCGCUGGGAACUCGCAGACUGCACGAGGUGUUGUGCUUCACCAUUCGUCCAUCAUGACCAGGGCGAAGGCUUUUGCUUCGUCUCUCAAUCUAACGGACAUAUCACGAGUGUUGCAAUUCGCAUCCCACACGAGCGAUCUCUUCAUUAUUGAAGCAAUUGGUGUUUUCAUCCAUGGUGGCUGCUUAUGCAUCGCUGCUGAUGUCAAUCCGCCUAAUAUUGCAGCUUCAAUCAACACUCUCCAUGUCAACACCACUUGCAUCACUCCCAGCGUUGCCGGCUUCAUGAGUCCGAAAGAUGUCCCUGGUCUGAAAACAGUUGCGCUAUUUGGUGAGCCCGCGACUGAAAAACAGCUGCAAAAUUGGGAAGCCCAGGAUCUUAGUCUCCACCACUUCUUUGGAACUGUUGAAUGCUCAUCCUGUUGCUUCCACAAUGUGAUAUCUCCACAAAAGGCGCCAACCAUGAUUGGAAAGACUAUUUCCAAUGCACCUUGGGUUGUUGACCCUUCCAAUCACAAUAUCCUUGUUCCAAUUGGUGCUGUUGGUGAGUUAGUCAUUGAAGGACCUGCUCUUGCCGCUCGCUACCUGGGCCAAGAGGAAACCGCCGAUUUUUUCGAAAGCCCAUCCUGGCUCUCCAGUCUUGAGAGGUGGUCCGAUCUUGCACCAUCACAACCUGCCAAGUUUUUCAAAACAGGAGACCUCGUUCGCUUCAACUCCGAAGGUACUUUGGUAUUUGUUGGCAAGAAGAAUAUCGAUCGUUUCUUUGUGCCGUGCUCCAAUUCUCUCGAUGUGGAACAAUGCAUCGAUGUCUUCUUUGCCUCAAAGCGCCGCGCUGUGGUCAACACAAUGUCUUUUGGAGGUGAAGACCGCAUUGUCGCUUUCCUGUGUGCCCCAGAAGUCUCUACUGCCAGCUUUAGUGAGAAGGUCAUCCAAAGCUCAGCGCCAGAGUUAAAAGCAGCCAUCUCCGCAUUACACACAUACUUGUGCACGAAGGUAUCCGCAAACAAGGUCCCGAGUCUUUAUAUCCCGAUUUCUUCCAUCCCCCUGACCUCCUUCGGUAAGACUAACUACCAGAGCCUGAACGCUGAGAUCUUGAAUCUGUCUACCACUGUUCUUGGCUCCUUUGAUGUCAAGCAUUGGAUUGGAGCCAAUUCUGGGAACAGAGUCCCCCGCAACUCCUUCUCUAACACAAAUGUCGACUUUUGGAGGGAGUACCUGGCCGACAUUGAGCCUUGCAAUUUCCCAGCGAUUUCCCAAGAAACGGGCAAGAAGGGUCGCUCCAUUCGUACUCUCAACAAGCAGACAAACCAGCUGCAUGCGUUUGGCAGAAUGGCUGGAGUUUCUGUUGAGAUUUUGUUCCAGAUUGCAUGGGGCCUUGUCUUGCGAUGCUACACCGGUAACGACGAUGUCUGUUUUGGAUAUUGGGCCUCGCAGACUGACGACCCAUCGUCUGUCGCCAUUGCCCGUCUCAUGUUGACGAAUGAUCUCAACGUGAAUGACACUCUGCAAAAGACCAAGAUAGACUUUGACAAGAGCAAGAACAAUUUUGCCGACCUUGCCGUUGUGAAGCACCAAUUAGGCAUGGAUAAUGCCAACGUUUUUAACACCCUUCUUACCUACCACGAUGUUGAAUCACUGCCUCAGCGAAGGGCCAAGGAUACUCUGACAUCCAAAGCCUAUGAUGUUGCAGUUACAGCCCAGGUCUCUAUCUCCGUUGCCGAAAUCCACUUCAGCUACUCCACGGAGAUUUUGACCUCUGUCCAAGUCACUCAUGUCAUCGACACCUUUGACCAAAUCCUGAACGACAUUAUCUCUGCCGACCCGCGCAAGCGAACUAUUGGAAACCUUGAUCUUCUGUCCCAGCGCUCCUGCCACCAAAUUCGCGAUUGGAAUGCUACUACCCCCUCUCGCGUUGAGAAGUGCGCCGAUGAACUCAUCCAGCAGCAAGCUCUUCUGCACCCCCGUGCGGAGGCAAUCUGCUCAUGGGACAAGGACUUCACCUAUGGUCAGCUAGAAAUUGUUGCCAGCCGACUAGCUCGCUAUCUUACUGGCCUCGGCAUCAAGCCGGAAGUAUUUGUCGUUUUGUGCUUUGAGAAGUCAGCUUGGGCAGUUGUUGCGCAGUUGGCCGUGCUCAAAGCCGGUGGAGCUUUUGUCUCCAUAGAUCCCUCCCACCCUGAUUCACGCCUUCAGUUGUUAAUCGAUGAGAUUGGUGCCAAUUUGGUCCUUUGCUCAGCUUCUUUGCAAAUCAAGAUGUCCAAGCUUUGCAAGAAAGCCCUUGCCGUGUCUCAAACCGCUAUUUCCCAACUUCCUGAAUCGCCUUUGGCUUUGCCCGGUGCUCGUCCAACUCCUGCCAAUGCUGCCUAUGCUAUCUUUACUUCUGGGACAACUGGAAAGCCAAAGGCGACCGUUGUGGAGCACAUGGCGCUCAGCACAACUGCUAUUGCGAUGAUGAAUGCACUGCACAUGAAUUCCGAAACGCGCGCACUGCAGUUCUCAAAUUACACGUUCGAUGUUAGUAUCUUGGAGAUUAUGAUGACUUUAAUGACUGGUGGCUGUGUCUGCGUCCCCAGUGAAGAUGAGCGCAUGAACAAUCUCGGAGGUGCAAUUCGCCGCAUGGAGGCUAAUUAUAUGGCAUCGCCCCCUGCUAUUGUCAAUACCCUUGAGCCCAAGACUGUGCCUACCCUGAAAACCAUCAUCACAGGAGGUGAAAAGAUGCCUGCAAGCCACAUUGACCGCUGGCAUGAUCGAUUUGUCAUUAACGCCUACGGACCCUCAGAAGCCACUGUUGUUGCCACUGUCGGUGUCAAGAUUGACUGGGAUGGAAAUCGUGUCAACGAUGACCCCACAUCCAUUGGUCUCGCUGCCAACUGCAGAGUGUGGAUCGUUGAUCCCAACAACUACAACCGCCUCCUCCCCGUUGGUGCCGUUGGUGAGAUGCUUCUCGAAGGAAGCAAUAUUGCGCGUGAAUACCUUGGAAACCCAGAGAAGACCAAGGCCGCAUUAGUUCAGGAUCCUACCUGGAGCCACCACACUGGCCUUCAUGGUAUAUUCAGCCGCAGUGAUCGUAUGUACCGGACUGGUGAUCUUGUUCGCUACAACAGCGAUGGUACUCUCGCUUUCCUCGCGCGUAAGGAUACCCAAAUCAAAUUCAACGGCCAACGCAUUGAACUUGAGGAGAUUGAGCAUCAGUGCACCCGUUGCCUGCCACAGGGAUCACAAGUGGCCGUUGACAUUGUCGUCCCUCAGGAGAAGACCGUCGCUAAAGGUCUUGCUGCGUUCUUCACCGUACACGACGGAGAUUUGGAGCAGGGCGGCACCAACGACCAAUUUGCUCCUACAAUUCCUGGGGCCGAUCCAUUACUUCUGCCAAUCUCUGUAAGCAACAUGGAUGCUGUGCAAAAACUAAAAAGCACUCUUCCCGAUCAUCUUCCUCAAAGCAUGAUGCCCCGUCUAUUCUUCCCUCUGAGAAACCUUCCUUUCACAUCUUCUGGAAAGAUUGACCGCAGACGUCUACGUGCUAUGGUCCAAAUUCUUUCGAAGGAGACGCUGAAAUCUUACAUCACCUUUACCUCUGGAGCCAAGACGGAAGAGACCACAGACAACGGCAUUGAAGCUCAGCUUCGAGCCCUGUGGGAACAGAUUCUCGACUUGGAACAGGGAUCCGUUUCUAACGAGGAUAGCUUCUUUGCCCUUGGUGGUGACUCCUUCUCGGCAAUGAACCUUGUUGGAGCUGCCCAGGAUGCGGGAAUCUCUCUAAACGUUGCUAUUAUCUUCAAAACACCGGUCUUGGCUGAAAUGGCAAAGAUUUGCUCCACUUCUGCAGAAGUGCCGGCUGUGAAAGAGCAAUAUCUUGACCCUUUCUCCCUCCUACCUUCUGGUGUCGACCUUGAGGGCCUGCUAGACGAAAUAAGCGAGGGUUGCAUCGUCUCUAAGGAUUCAGUCACCGAUGUUUAUCCUUGCAGUGCCGUUCAGGAGGGUCUCCUGACCAUGUCUGUCAAGCAUCAUGGUGCAUAUGUUGCGCAGCCAGCUUUCAAGCUUGCCGAUGGCGCUGAUCUUGAUCGCUUCAAGGCUGCCUGGGAGCAAACUGUCGCCGACCUUGAUAUCCUUAGAACUCGCAUUAUUCACACAGAAGCCAUGAACUUUGCCCAGGUUAUUCUCAAAGAAGACCCAAUCUCUUGGGUUCAUGCUGAGUCUUUUGGGGAGCUACCGAGCGACUCAAUUGAGUUGCCAAAAUUCAACGGCGGUCCACUGACUGGUUACGCUAUUGUCCAGCCCCGUGGAUCUACCACUCGGUACUUCGUUUGGUCCGUCCAUCACGCACUGUACGAUGGCUGGAGUAUUCCAUUGAUCUACAGAAGAUUCGAGGAGAAUUACAAGGCAUCGCUGAAUAAAGAACCGGCAGCAUCCUAUGGGCUCUUCAUUAGCUAUCUCAACCAGAAAGACAUGUCCGAAUGUGAUGCGUUCUGGAAAUCCUACCUGGCAGGCAUCUCGAGCAAUCCUUUCCCCUAUAACAAGAACUCGGUCCCAGAUGCCAUCCGCGCUGGAAACACUCAACACCAUAAGAUGGACGUUUUCCGACCGGCAAAGAGCAUGGACUAUACGAUUCCCGUUCUGUUACGUGCAGCUUGGGCUAUCGUGAUUGCAACUCAUACAGCAUCUCCUGAGGUAUCAUUUGGAGAGACCCUCUCCGGUCGUAACAUUGACCUUCCUGGAGUCGGUGACAUCGCUGGUCCCGUUUUGACCACUGUACCAACUCGCAUCCAAGUUGUCAAUGAGAUGCUUGUCUCCGAGUACUUGGACAAGAUCAACCAGUCUACCACGGACAUGAUUCCUCACCUCCAUGCUGGUUUGCAACGUAUUCGUCAAAUUAGCUCUGACGCUGCCUCUGCAUGCAACUUCCAGAACUUGCUGGUCAUCCAGCCCGCUGAGGGUGACUUGAAUGACAGUAUCUGGAUCGAUGAGAAACGUGAGACAAGCGAGGACUUCUUCACUCACCCUCUUGUGCUAGAAUGCGGAAUUUCCAAGACCAGCAUUACUUUCACUGCGCAUCACGAUGAGCUUGUCAUUAGUGGAUGGAAGGCCAAGCGCUUGAUCGAACAGUUUGGUCAUGUCCUGAAGCAACUGAUGUCCACUCCCAAGGCCAGCACUGUGAAGGUGUCUGACUUGGAAGUUGCCAGUCUAGAGGACAAGGCCACUAUUGCGGACUGGAACAAGCACGUGCCACUGACUGUCGAGAAAUGUGUGCAUGAAUUUAUACGUGAAAAAUCUGUCGAAACACCUGAUGCACCAGCUGUUUGCGCUUGGGAUGGCGAAUUGAAUUACAGAGAGUUUUGGGAUAUGGCUUCAUCCUUCGCCAACUACCUGGUGUCUCGGGGAGUUGGCCCGGAGAUUUUGGUACCAGUAUGCCUCGAUAAGUCGGCCUGGGCAAUGGUCACCCUCAUCAGUAUUCUUAUUGCUGGUGGUGCUUAUGUCCCCCUUGACCCUCAUCAUCCUACCUCGCGGCACGAGGAGAUCUUGGCAGAUGUUGGAGCGAACAUGAUUCUUUGCACUCCAAACUACACAAACAAGUAUACCAGAGUCGUGAAAACCGUCAUUCCGAUCAGCAAAGAGACACUCAUAGCCUACGGAUCCCUGAAUUCUUCCAAGGUCCGCCAGCCGGUCACUCCGUCCAACAUGGCAUAUGCGCUGUUUACCUCUGGCAGUACAGGUCGUGCCAAGGGCAUCAUCGUCGAGCACCGAAAUUGUGUGAGCAGUAUCAUGGCCUUCACACCAGUGACGUUCAUGACCUCAACCUCUCGGGUGUUCCAAUUCGCAUCUUUGACGUUCGAUGCUGCUAUCAUGGAAACUCUUGCGAUCCUGAUGGUUGGAGGCUGUAUCUGCGUUCCCAACGAAGAUGAGCGUGUCAACGAUGUGUCUGGUGCCAUUAGGCGCUUGAACGUGAACUGGACUUUCUUGACUCCUGCCAUCGCAGGUAUAAUUGAACCAUCUUCUGUACCCUCCAUCAAACACAUGGUUGUAGGAGGUGAACAGGUUCCUCAGGAUGUCAUUAACAAAUGGGUCAACUGUGUGAACUUCAUGAACGGAUACGGACCGACCGAAACUUGUGUUUUUGCGACUAUUGACAAUGAUGUGCCAUCUCACCGUGACCCGUCUCGAAUUGGUUACGGCAUUCCGAGCACUCUGACAUGGAUUGUGGAUCCAGAAAACCACCACAAACUUGCCCCCUUGGGUGCAGUCGGUGAACUUGUUCUGGAGGGAAUGUCCUUGGCCAGGGAGUACAUGAAAAACCCCGAGAAGAAUGCCGAGUGCUUCAUCGAAAAUCCAGGCUGGGCAAAGGAAUUCAAGUCUCAUCUGCCAUCUCCACGAAGGAUCUACAAGACUGGCGAUCUUUGCUACUACAAUCCUGAUGGUUCGGUAGAGUAUGUCAGUCGCAAGGAUCAUCAAGUCAAAGUCAAUGGCCAGCGCAUGGAGCUUGGGGAGAUUGAGCACCGCAUUGGAGCAAACACCCUAGUUCGUCAUGCCGUGGUCAUUUUGCCUAAGACUGGCCUGUUUCAGAAACGUCUUGUUACUGUCAUGUCCAUCAACAAGAUUUUUGCUGACAACAAGGUUAUCUCUGACAAAGCAUGUGAGCUUAUCGAUGAGGAUACCUUUCACAAGGAUGGCCUGGCUGGCCUGGUCGAGGUCCAAAAAAGCCUUGAAGCCCAACUUCCAAUUUACAUGGUACCCGCAACUUGGGCUUUGAUUAAGAAGCUGCCAAUGCUUGUUUCUGGCAAGCUUGACCGGAAAAAGAUAACAGCCUGGCUCGAAAACAUCGAUGAGGCUUCCUACGAGCGUAUCAUGCAAGACUACGAUUCUAUGAAACGUGGCCCAAGAGAGAAACCACAGGAGCAACAGCAGGAUGGCUCGCUCAAGGUCAUUCAGGAGAUUUUCUCACAGGUCUUGAAUAUCUCUCUUUCCAAGGUCAACGUGGACCGUUCUUUCGUUAGCCUAGGUGGCGACAGCAUCACUGGAAUGGCAGUGAUCUCACGGGCACGCAAACAGGGCCUGGUUCUCACCUUGAAUGAUAUCCUUCAAAGCAGAUCAGUUAAGGAACUAGCACAAGCUGCCAAAUCUAAGGCUCCCAUCACUGCACAUCGCGAAGAGAAGUCUGGUGAGGGCUUUGGUCUCUCUCCUGUGCAGAAGCUCUACAUGCAGUCCUCAACAUCAUUCCAGGGUGCAGCCCGUUUCAAUCAAAGCAUGACCGUCCGCAUAUCGCGCAGAGUAGAGGGAGAGGUUUUGCGACGAGCGGUGAAAGCUGUCACUGGUCAGCACGCCAUGUUCCGCGCCCGCUUCAGCAAAGGCGUUGAUGGAAAAUGGCAGCAAAAGGACGCAGCGGAAGUCAAUCAAUCUUUCCGAUUCCGUGUGCACUCUGUCAGUGACACCCGUGCCAUGGUUCCCCACAUUGCUGAAACCCAGUCCUGUCUGGAUCCUAUGAACGGCCCUAUCUUUGCCGCCGACCUAUUCAACCUUCGCACGGGUGGUCAGGUGCUCUUCCUGGUUGCUCAUCAUCUCUGUGUUGACAUGGUAUCCUGGCGCAUUGUUCUAUCAGACCUGGAAGAGUUGAUUAUCUCAGGCUCCCUCUCAGAUGAGAAAGCACUCUCAUUUCAAAGCUGGUGCGCAAUGCAACUUGAGCGAUCCAAGACACAAGACAUGGACCUGGAACUACCUUUCACCCCCGAACCGACUGAUCUGUCGUACUGGGGUAUGCAAGACUCUACUAACUUUUAUGGUGACAUCAAAAUGGAAUCCUUCAGUUUAACUGAGGAGGCCACCAACUUUAUCCUUGAUGAUUGUCAUGAUGUCUUGGCAACCGAGACUGUUGAUGUCUUGCUCGCCUGUAUAAUCCACUCGUUUGGUCACAUAUUCACUGACCGAAAGGUGCCAACUAUCUAUAACGAAGGACAUGGCCGUGAAUCCUGGGAUGCCAAUAUUGACCUAUCCCGAACUGUUGGAUGGUUUACGACAAUGUCACCUCUCCUAGUUGAGGAACAAAAAGGAGGUAUUAUUGAUGUGAUCAAGCGUGUGAAGGACACUCGCCGGAAAAUAGCAGACAAUGGUCGGCCAUACUUUGCCAAGAGCCUUCUUCAGGCUGGUGGGGAGGAUUUCCAGGUCCCACUGGAAAUUGUCUUCAAUUAUCUUGGGAAGAUGCAGCAGCUUGAACGGGCAGAUUCGCUCUUCCGGCACCAAGGAAACGUCUUUGAUGGCUCUGACUUUGCCGUUGCAGGUGAUAUGGGACCCGAGACAGUCCGUUUUGCCCUCUUCGAGGUGUCUGCGAUUGUCGUGAAAGACCGCCUCAAUAUUGCAUUCACGUACAACCGCAAUAUGCAAAAUGAAAAACAGAUUCGCCGCUGGAUCCUUCAAUGCAAGCAGACGUUGGAAAAGGAUAUGUUAACGCUCAAGACUGCCACUCCCGAGCCUACCCUCAGCGAUUAUCCUCUGCUACCAAUUACCUACCAUGGUUUGCAGCUUCUCACCACCAACACUUUCCGCAAGCUCGGUAUUCGCAACAAGAACGAAGUUGAAGACAUUUACCCUUGCUCCCCUAUGCAGGAGGGUUUGUUGCUUAGCCAACUUCGUGACUCCAGCGCCUACAUGUUUCACACCAUCUUUGAAAUCAAAGAUCAACGUGCUGAUAAGGUAGAUGCCGAGCGACUUGCCAGGUCAUGGCAGAUGGUGGUCGAACGCCAUCCUGUUCUUCGGACCGUGUUCAUCGACAGCAACUACAGCGGUGGAUCCUUUGACCAGCUUGUUUUCAAGAGUAUCCCUGAUCAUGUGCUUCGUGUGGAGUGCCUUGAAUCCCAAGUUCAAGAGAAAUUGAGCGCCAUCUCCCUUCACAAUCUGAACGCCAUGCGCCCCGCCAAGAUCUCCAAUCAGUUCACUGUGUGCAAAACGCCUAAUGGACGGGUCUUUGUAAAGCUCGAAAUUAAUCAUGCCGUUAUUGACGGUGGUGGUGUCGAUGUCUUACUACGUGACUUGACCAUGGCUUAUGAUCGCCGACUGGCCGAAGGCCCCGGACCCUGCUUCAGAGAGUACAUCAAGUUCAUCAGAACUCAAAGCCGAGGCCAAGCCCUUGAUUACUGGAAGCAGUACCUUAGCGGUGUCAACCCUUGCCACUUGGUUUCUAAUCCUGGAUAUCAAAACAGCCGUGAGCUGAAAGGCAUCUUAAUGAAUUUCCAGCGAUACCCAGAGUUGCUGGGCUUCUGCGAGCAGGCGUCCGUUACCCUAGCAAACUUGACUCUUUCCGCCUGGGCCAUUGUAUUGAAGCAAUUCACUGGAUCCGAUGAUGUGUGCUUUGGCUACCUGUCUGCCGGACGCGACGCCCCAGUCAACGGAAUUCAGGACAUGGUCGGCAUUUUCAUCAACAUGCUUUGCUGUCGUGUGCAGUUCUCCCCCACUCAGACUCUGAAAGACAUCUCCAAGCGAGUCAACGCCGACUACAUUAGCAGCAUUCCUCAUCAAAGCUGCUCACUUGCUAGCAUUCAGCACGAACUUGGCUGGCAGGGCCAGUCUUUGUUCAACACCACCCUGUCUAUCCAGAACCACACUGUUGCUGGUGGCAGCAAAGACAAAGGCUUGUCAUUUGAUUUACAACAUGCCCACGACCCCAGUGAGUACGCUGUCACUGUCAACGUGGAUAUUUCUCGCGGAAGCGAGGGCAUUAUGCUCAGGUACUGGAGCGAUGUCAUCUCCGAUGAGCAAGCUCAGUCCUUAGUGGAUACUAUUGCCAGAAUAUUCACUGGAUUCAUUGAAUCACCAACAGCAACUAUCGCUUCUUCUAAUUUCACCGGUUGUGUUGCAGAAGAGCUGGCUUCAGAGUCGAACUACUCGCAGUCAACCUCCAAUGAGAAGGUCAAACCUGUGAUGGACUCCUUGGAUGGUGUUGCCAUCCAAAAGAUUAUUGAUAACCGUGUCCAUGAAAUUAUUGGUCAGAUGUUGCGGGAAGGCAAGUUGAUGGUUCCACAGAUCCAGACCUCCGGAUUUUCAGGCUAUGGUCACACUGAUGAUGGAAUCGACUCGCCUUACCCACUGGAAGGGAUUCAAGGCGCAGAUGAUUCGGGAGUGUGUUCAGCAACCUCGCGAUGCAGUGAGGAGGGUAUGUCGGCUGAUGUAGAGAGGAGGUUGUGGAAUCUUUGGAGCACUGCCUUGGGUCUCUCGCCAAAUGUGGUGAGACACCAGGACAGCUUCUUUAAGCUUGGAGGAGACAGCAUCACUGCAAUGAAGAUGGUCAGUGCUGCUCGUGAGGAUGGAUUGGUUCUGACUGUUGCGGACGUGUUCAACAACCCUGUUUUCGAGGACAUGCUCACCACUGUCCGUGCUGCCAACGUGACGCAGCAGAUUCUCAAUGCCGACCUCCAGUCUGCUACGAAGGAGGUCGAGUCAUUCCCGGAUAGCAAGCCUGCCACGCUUGCUACGACCCCAUCAUCCGAAAGUAUCUCUGUGCUCCGCCCUACCAUGGCCGUGGAUGAUGAUUCAGUGCAACGUGGUAUCUGUCCUAAAAUUGGUGUUUUCAAGGGUGGCAUCGCGGAUGUUCUCCCUGUUACUGACUUCCAGGCAAUGUCCUUGACUGCAACACUUUUCAAAUCUCGCUGGAUGUUGAAUUACUUCUUCCUGGAAGGAAACGGUCCCUUGGAUCUUCGCCGCCUUCGAGAAAGUUGUCUCAAGGUCGUCGACGCAUUUGACAUAUUGCGCACUGUCUUCGUCUGCUUCCAUGAUCAGUUCUUCCAGGUUGUGCUGCGCAAGAUUCGCCCAAGCAUCUUCGUCUACGAUACCGAUCGCGGCCUAGACGAGUUUACGAUGACCCUGCAGCAGCGUGACAGAGAGUAUGGCCCACGCGAGGGUGAGCAAUAUGUGCAAUUCUACGUUGUCAAGAAGAAGGGAAGCGACCAACACCGGAUCAUGAUCCGUCUGUCUCACACCCAAUACGAUGGAGUCUGUCUAUCGAAGAUCAUGUCUGCCAUUAAACAUGGCUAUGAGGGUAGUCCUCUUCCCCCAGUUACUCCAUAUGCCAGCUACCUGCGACAGCUACCUGGAACUAUCGGUCCCGAUCACUACAAUCACUGGUCCAAUCUCCUGAAGGGCUCCCAAAUGACACAGGUUGUCCGCCGCAAGGGCACAACCAUGUUCCAAAACAUUGGAGCCUUCACUGAAAUUCGCAAGACCAUCGAGAUUCCUCCGACUGCCCUAGGAAAUGUUACCGUUGCCACGGUUAUGCAAGCCGCUUGGGCCUUGACUCUGGCCAAACUGUCUUCUCAAUCAGAUGUCGUUUUCGGUCUCACUAUCAGCGGCCGCAACGCAACUGUUCCUGGUAUCGAGGCAACCGUUGGGCCAUGCGUCAACGUUAUCCCCGUCCGUGUCAAUUUCAAUGAAAAGUGGACCGGCCUUGAACUCUUCCGAUACCUCCAAGAUCAGCAGGUCUCAAACAUGCCCUACGAGUCCCUCGGCUUCCGGGAGAUUAUCAAACAUUGCACAGACUGGCCAUCCUGGACUUACUUCACUACAUCUGUGUUCCAUCAAAAUGUUGACUACGAAGGCGAACUUGAGCUCGACAACAACAAAUACCGCAUGGGCGGUGCAGGCGUCAAUGACAACUUCGCGGACUUGACAAUGGUUUCUCGUCCAGCAGAUGACCGCAACCUUAAUGUCACUCUCGGCUACUCCGAGAAGGGCCCUAUUCUCCCUGACUUUGCAGAAAGGGUUCUUGACAUGGUAUGUGAGACUGCGCAGUCUCUCAUCGCGAACCCAUCAACUGCCCUUCCUUCGCCCAACAUGCUGCGCUCCCUACCACCUCAAGUCAUCGAUGACCUUCCCCGUACAUCAGACGAGCACUUCCUCAGCGCACAUCUCAAGUCGCGUUCUAUUGCCGAGCUCCUCGUCCACUCGGACAUUCUUUCCCGCUCAUGGCACCAGGUCCUUCCUCCUCGCGCCUCAACUACCACCGUCGACCCGGAUACAGAUGACAAGCCGGCAAACCAGACAGCCUUCCAGCUUGAUUCUUCAUUCUUUGAUCUGGGCGGUGAUAUCUUCAACAUGGCUCAGCUGACUUGGUUACUUGAGCAAGAGGGUCUUAAGGUCCGACUUGAGGAUCUGCUUGAGCACCCCUCUUUCUUGGGUCAGAUGGCUGUCCUGGCGCUGCAUAAUGCUAAGCACCAGGAUGACUUCCCGGUCGAGUAUGCUACUGGUGCUGCGUCUACUGACCCGUCUGUGCGGACUCGUGUUGAGAAGAAGAAGACUUGGGAAAAGGCUAUGACUCUCGCUAGGAAGUUGACUCGUCGAAACAACAGCAACAGCAGCAACAUCGUGUCUAGUCGUGCUUGA